UCGAGCGGGAAGAUUCAAACGCUGUCGCGGUUGAAAGCUGAGGAUCACCGAUCACCCUUUCUAGAGGAACACUGGGAUCUGCAGGACGGGGUUCACCAUGGAAGAGGGGAUUGUUCCCAGGGCGUCGGCGGGGUCUGGGCGCGCCAGCGACCCGCAGAGGAGACGCUCCCCGCGGCUGGCAUCUCCCCCGGCCGCCGCUGGGAAACGCAUCACCUUCAGGAAGAUAGCGCCCAGGAAGACCGUUGCAGAGCUGGGACACGACAAGGAGAACACGCCCGCCCGGAGGUCGAUGGAGCUCCGGCAGAAAACGCCCAAGGUGUCGACCCCGGACCUCUGCCCGGGUCCCGGUCCGGCCCGCCGAGCCUCGUCCUCUGGGGGGGCCAGGAGGAAGCCGCAGGCCGCGAUACCCUCGCCCAUCCUGCCCUCACCCGUCCCGCACCCCCCUAUCCUGUCCUCCCCGGUCUCGUCCCCCACCGUCCUGUCCUCCCAGCAGCCGGCCGCAGACCCAGCAGACUCGGUGUGGUCUAAGAAAGUCCGCCGGUCCUACAGCAGGCUCAGCGGCGGGUCUGCCGGUGGGUCUCCCGGCAGCCCCGGGCCCCACGACGCCCUGUUCGGCUUUGGGGAGCUGCAGACCCCCGAGGUCCGGAGGGUCGGGCCCUCCAAGGCCGGCCUGGGGCUCACUCUGGUCGGGGGCUCGGAGUCCGGCCUGAGCUCCUUCAUGUCCCUGCUCGAGGCAGAGGAGAGCUUCCCCGAACCGGACACGAACAUCCCCGGGGUGCCUUUGGUGAAGGAGAAGAGGAAGAGGAGGAAGAAGGUGCAGCAGAUCGACACCAAAGAGCUGGAUGUUCUGGCUGCAGAGAUGAACGCAGAGUUCCAGGAGGCGGAGGAGUUUGAGCUGCUGGUGGAGUAGAACCCCAGACCGGAAGACUGAGAAUAUCUGACACUAUGUUGAACUUUGGGGAGAAAACCCCUACACCACGUUUUGAAACUUUCAACGUUUUGUACUUUUCUGUUUCUUAGAUUUUAAAGGAUUAUGUUAUGUAAUUAUUGUUGAAAACAGUUGUAUGGUUUUAAAGGAAAAAUAUUAUGACUGUGACUGACUUCCUUUACAAGAAAAAUGACACUUGCUCCUGAGGUUAUGACAUGUCUAGGACAUAUUUUGGUCAAAAUCAAAAAUCAGGGAUAGAGUACAACAUCUGCUUUGCUAGCCAUGGUUUUACAGCUCUGUAAAUAGCUGUCACUUUUUUUGAGGUGGGGGGGUUCGUCAGCCUCUGUACUCCUCCAGGGGGUGUG